CCACCUUCCCCUCCUCCCUCUCCUCCGCCGCAUCCCCGCUCCUCCCGCCACAUACAGCUCUAAGAUGCCUCGCUAUGAACUGGCUUUGAUCCUGAAAGCCAUGCAGAGGCCUGAGACUGCAGCUGCGCUGAAGCGCACUGUUGAGGCUCUUAUGGAGAGAGGAGCCAUCGUGAGAAACCUGGAAAACCUGGGAGAAAGAUCUCUGCCUUACAGAAUCUCCAAGCACAGGGAGCGCCACAGAAGAGGAGGGUAUUUUUUGAUAGACUUAGAGGCCCCGCCUUCGAUUGUGUCAACCAUGAUGGAUCACUUGGGACGUGAUAUCGAUGUAAUUAGACCUGCCUUUAUAAAGCACCGUGUAUCGAAGACAGAAGAAUGCAGUGGCAUAAACCCAGUCAACUAUGAAGACAAACUAAUUGCCAAGAGGAAGUGAAUACUCCAACUAGAACCAAGGCUGAAAGGGGUUGUUUUUUUUUACAACCUUUUUUAUUCCUGCUUUGGAAAACAAUCUAAUGCCCACCAAAGAUCAGUUUGGGCCAUGCUGCAUGUGUGGUUACAGUACACUGUCUCCAGUUACUGUAAAGUUUGAAGUUUCUUUCUGUUAAACAUUGUUUGAAUGGGCUUAAUCUAUAUGUUUAUCUUCAUAUCUGGCUAGUGUGAAAAUUGGUUUUCCUUUCUCUGAGAGCAUUACUUUGAUGAUGAUUUAUCCAGCGUCAGAAUGCUAAAAAUAGCCUUCCGCUCCACAAAGACAUGACUGCAGAAUA